CUUCAACAUUGUAAAAAAAAACUCGAAGCAUUCAAUGAUUGAUAUAAUUUACUGAUAAUUCAUUUGUGUGAUUUUAUUUUGGAUUAUGGAAAUGCAACAGCAAAAUCCAAGACACAUUAACACUGAUUGUUGCUAUCAGCAAUGGCCAAUGCAUCAUCAACAUCAUCAACAUCACCAACAACAGCAAUCUCAUCAUCACCAUAACAAUAGCAAUAACAGUAAUAGUAAUAAUAAUAAUCAUCAUCAACAAUCACAGCAACAAGUGCCGAUUCCUUCACCGAUGCAACAAAUGGAAGCAUGCUUGAAAACGGCAGGAAGAGUAAAACGAUCACGAUCUCCAGACGUUCCUCUUUCAUCUAAAAUAUCUUCUGCAAUAUGUUUGACUCCUGAAUCUCACAAUGACAAUAAUAACAAUCACCGUCGGAACGACAAUGUAUCAGGGUCAUCUUCAUUAUCAUCAACUCCAUCAUCGUCUUCACCAAUAAAUAGCAAUUCUAAAAGACCUCUUCAUCCUGCACUCCUUGGUGUCAGUGCUGCUCUUGAAGCAAGACCUUUAUGGGAAGAAUUCCAUCAGUUGGGUACAGAAAUGAUUGUUACUAAAGCUGGCCGACGAAUGUUUCCAACAUUUCAAUGUCGAAUCUUUGGGUUGGAACCAAACACUGAUUACCUUUUGAUGAUGGAUUUUGUGCCUUGUGAUGAUAAGAGAUAUAGGUAUGCUUUCCACAGUAGUGCAUGGGUCGUCGCAGGUCGUGCAGAUCCAGUAUCACCCCCUCGAAUCCACGUGCAUCCUGAUAGUCCAGCUAACGGAGCUCAUUGGAUGAAACAACCCGUGACAUUUGAUAAACUGAAACUUACCAACAAUCAACUUGAUGACAAUGGCCAUAUUAUUUUAAAUUCCAUGCACAGAUAUCAACCAAGAUGUCAUGUUAUUGUGGCUCCAUCACCUCCAGGAACUGCUCCUGAUCCACGAACUGAAAAUUUCAAGAGUUUUACUUUCUCUGAGACACGAUUUACUGCAGUUACAGCUUAUCAGAAUCAUCGAAUCACUCAAUUAAAAAUAGCCAGUAAUCCUUUUGCUAAGGGAUUCCGUGAUUGUGAACCAGAUGAGUGUGAAUCGCCUAAUUCAACGCCACAACAUCCUGCUAAAAAACCAGCCACCGCAAGUACAGCAGUUGUUCCGGCUAAUUAUUCAUCAGUUCCUGCAACACCAAUUACAACUCCAGAACAUCACCAUCAUCAUCAUCAUCAGUUUUAUGCUAAUACUCCAUCACAUUGGACAUAUCCAGGCCAUCAUCAAACAAGUCAUAUCGUUAAUUCUGGACACUUUUCAACUCAUCAUCCACCUGGUACCUCACUAUAUAGUCCACGAUAGUAUUUUACAUAUUAUAAUGUUGAUUAUAUUUUUUAUCUAAGAUAAAUGAGAUCUAAUACUAAAGUGCAACUAUGUCAAAGAAUGAUACCAAAGUGAAUGUAGUACUGU